AUGACAGAGGGAGGAAACCUCACUGCUUUGUCCGGCUUCAUCCUCUUGGGCUUCUCUGAUGCCCCAGAGCUACAAACCACCAUCUUCACAGUUUUCUUCUCCCUCUAUGUGCUAACGGUGCUGGGGAACCUGACGAUGAUCCUGCUCAUCAACGCCGACCCCCAGCUCCACACCCCCAUGUAUUUCUUCCUGACGCAUUUAUCUUUCGUAGAUUUCUGCCUUUCUUCCACCAUCAUCCCAAAAGCCCUGGAGAUCUUCCUGCUGGGGAGGAGCCACAUCUCGUUUUUGGGUUGCUUUGCCCAGAUGUACUUUUUCCUUGCUCUGAUCAUCUGUGAGUGCUUCCUCCUGGGGGUGAUGGCUUACGACCGGUACACGGCUGUGUGCCAACCCCUGCUUUACCCCACCACCAUGUCCAGGGCGCGUUGCUACGGCAUGGUGGUGCUGGUGUACACCAUGGGCUUCCUCACCUCCUUGGUGCACACUAUCCUGGCAGGGAGGUUGUCCUUCUGCCGGGCCAGGAGCAUCCACCACUUCUUCUGUGAUCUACCCACCAUUCUACAGCUCUCCUGCUCGGACACCCACACCAACGAGGUCCUGCAGGUCUCCAGUGCCGGGUUUAACAUCUUGGGCUCUGUCGUGAUGAUCCUGCUUUCCUACACCUACAUUCUCCAUGCUAUCCUGCAGAUCCCUUUGGCCAGGAGAAGGCUCAAAGCUUUCUCUACCUGCGCCUCCCACCUGGUUGCCAUCACCAUCUUCUAUGGGCCAGGGAUGGUGGCCUACAUCCAACCUCACAAGGCCCACACAGGGGAUGGAGCCAAGGUGGUUUCUGUGUGUUACACCCUCCUCACCCCCACCCUCAACCCCCUCAUCUACAGCCUGAGGAACAAAGAGGUGAAGGGGGCCCUGAGGAGGCUGCGGGUGAGGAAGCUGGUGCUGCAUCUAACCAGGCUUUGA